CCUAUAUGCACACGAGAGUUGUGGGUGUUGGUGUGUAGGAGCUAUAUAUAAAUAGCAACCUCAUGAGGCUCUUAGACAAGGCCAAAAAUGCCCACCAAAUUGCUUAAAUUUCUUCUUUGUCUCUACAUACAUAUGGAGAGAAAGUCCCCAAGUCAGAUUGUGAGCUGCAGAAACCAACAAACCAAAAUAAGAGCUCAGAACUGAUUCCUACUCAGAAAAGAAAAAAACAAAAAAAAUACAAAAACACAAAAAAAAAAUUGUGUUCUCAUCAGUGGCUCCACCCCUCCUUAGUCAACUGCUUGUGUCCCCCCCACCCUUCUCCACCCAUGGUGAUAGAGAGAGAGAGAGAGAGAGAGAGAGAGAGAGAGAUGCAGAGAGAGAAGAGAGAGAGAGAGAGGGAGGUAUCAUAAGAUCUCAUAAAUUCUCUCAACCACUCAACUAAACAGCUCCAAUCUUCUGCAACCAAAAAGGAAAAAGGAAAAAAGAGAGAGCCAUGAAGCAGGAGCUUAAGUUCAGAGAUGAUCAAAAGGCUUCAUCCCCAGCAGCAGCAGCAGCAGCAGCUGCUGCUUCCAGGAGUAGUAGAGCUUUUAGAGGCAGAAGAGAGAGCCCAAGAUCAUCAGAUUCUGCAAGUGCCUCCUCACCAUUUCUCAAAACCAGGCCAAAGCCACCCCCUCCUUCAGAACCACCACCCCCACCACCACCAACAAGAAUAAUAAGAUCUUCCACUUCUACUACUGCUGCUGCUGCUGCUGCUGCUGAUGCUGCUCAUGCAAACAAAAUGAGACCAAACAAUGAUCAUCACGAUCACCGGCCUGCCGCGGGGCGAUUCGCAGAGCAGUUUGCGCAGCUGCGGCCGGACGCGAGGGAGCUGCAGAGGAGGAGGCUGGAGGAGAGUGAGAAGGUGGUGAGGGAGUUGAGGGGUGAGGUGUCUGCACUGAGAGCUGAGCUGAAGAGGCUGCAGGGUGCCAAUUCUCAGCUUGAGUUGGACAACAAGAGGUUUGCUGACAACUUACUGGCUGCCCAGGAAAGGAUCCAACAGCUUGAGAUGCUGAAUCUGAAUUGUCAGGAUGCGAGAAAGUUCGCAGCGGCAGAUAAACUAGAACAACCGAAAGUAGAAGAUGAAACCGACACCGACACCGACGAAACACAGUUGGUGCAAUUGACGCAAAGAGCUCAACCUCCGGAACUCGCGAAACAUAAGGAAUUGAAUGCAAAGUCCUCUCCAACUCCUCCUCCUCCUCCUCCUCCGCCGCCGCCUCCUCCUCCUAUGUCGCGCCAAGCACCCCCCUCGAAGUCGAAUUCGGUUAAUAAAGCUACCGCAUUGGUUGAAUUGUACAACUCGUUGACGAAGCGCGACGGAAAGGACUCGAAGGGGAGUGGAAGCUACUCAAAUAGUGUUGGUGCCAAUCCCCAUCACAGUAUCGUCGGAGAACUCCAGAACCGGUCGGGACACUUGUUGGCAAUAAAAGCAGAUGUGAAAACAAAGGGUGAAUUCAUUAGGCAUCUUAUCGACAGAGUCCGAUCCGCAGCGUAUACGAACAUGGACGAUGUCUUAGCGUUCGUGGAUUGGCUCGACCGAGAACUCUCGACAUUGUCUGACGAGAGAGCUGUUCUGAAGCACUUUGACUGGCCCGAGAGAAAAGCCGACGCAUUGCGGGAAGCUGCUUUUGAGUACCGAGAUCUGAAGCGCGUCGAAGCUGAAGCCGCUUCUUUCAGCGACGAUCCCUCGUCUCCGUGUGAGGUUACUCUAAAGAAGAUAUCGAACUUGCUAGAAAAGUUGGAGAAAAGCAUGAAUAGGCUGAUCAAGUUACGGAACUCGAGUAUGCUCCCUUACAAAGAGUGCAAGAUUCCAACAGAGUGGAUGCUCGACUCAGGAAUUGUUAGUACGAUGAAGUUGGCUUCGAUGAAACUUGCUAAGGUGUACAUGAAGCGCGUGGUUAUGGAGCUCGACACGAAUAGGAGCCCAGAAAGGGAAACGGCGCAAGAAGCGCUUCUCUUUCAGAGCGUACGCUUCGCUUACAGAGCACACCAGUUUGCGGGAGGUCUCGACUCUGAAACAAUGCACGCCUUCGAGCAGUUGAGAGAAAAGGUUCGAUCUAACGGGAGAGGAUCGAAGGUUCUGAUUCCCGGCAUGGUGCUUUCCUAGCAAAGCUGAUAAGAGAUGUCACAGUGAUCCAAUUUUUAGGGCUUAGAGUCUUUGUAGGUAAUACGGGCAAAAUGUUAUGCUGAAAAGGCAAUGAUCUGUUUUGUUUGUUUUGUAUGUACAGGCAAAGUUGAUCCGGUGACUUAACUCGAUAAGCUGAGACUCAGUAGCUCCAAAACCGAAAUAACAGUUCCGAAAGUGAAUUGUUUGUGUAUCAUUGUUUUAUGCGGAUAACGGUGUUAGUGCUCCAAGUUUUGAUCAAUCAAAGCGAGAAAAAGUGCUUGAAUUC